AUAAUUGUUUUAAAUUCAAAUAAUUCGUAAUGGAAACUGUGCCGAAAGAUUUGAGAAGUUUGCGCGCCUGUUUGGUUUGUUCUUUGAUUAAAACCUUUGAUCAAUUUGAAAUUGAUGGGUGUGAUAAUUGUGAUGAAUUUUUGCGGAUGAAAAAUAAUAAGGACAAUGUCUUUGAUUGCACUAGUGCUAAUUUCGAUGGAAUGAUUGCGGCAAUGAGUCCAGAGGACAGUUGGGUCGCCAAAUGGCAAAGAAUAAAUCGUUUUACAAAAGGAGUUUACGCCAUAUCAGUAUCAGGAAGAUUACCAGCAGGAGUCAUCAGGGAAAUGAAAAGCCGUGGAAUCGUUUACCGUCCACGCGACACAAGUCAAAGAUAAAUAUUAUUUU